UUCCUUCUCAAUCGAGCGGCGAGAUGUCCGAUUGUCACGGAAGGCAGCACGCAUCCUGCGGAGUUUCGGGAAAGCGCAUGAGACGGAAGCGCGUUCACGCGGCCGUACACAUACAUGCGCAGGCUCCAGCUGCACGCCGGGAGCAUCCUUGCGCGCAGAGAGAGCGCUCCCUUCGCUCUGACAGUCUUCGGCAAUCCCUUUGAUUUGUUUUGCCCUCACAUUGUGUUAUCCACUGACGACGCAGAAUGAUGCGGGGCCCCGCGGUGCUCCGUGCGUUCUGAGGCCCGCACAGAUCCACCUCGCACCGGCAUAAAGAACCUUCCACUGACUGCGCCGAUUUUUUUUUAAAUUUUUAUUAUCUUUUCUGGCGGUCAGCCCAAGACGGAAUGUCAAGCAGCCCCGAAGGGAGUCGCUCGGGGGGCGGCGGCUGCGGCUCCGACCGCGACUCCAAACGGGCCUCCUCGAGCAACACGUCCCCGGAGGGUGGACCUCCACCGCCGCUGCACCAGAACCGCAUACGGCAGUCCGACAGUAACACCAGUUUCCUUCGGGCUGCCCGAGCCGGGAACACUGACAAGGUCCUUGAAUUCCUCAAAAACGGAGUAGACAUCUGCACCUGCAACCAGAAUGGUCUCAAUGCCUUACACCUGGCGGCUAAGGAGGGACACAAAGAUCUAGUAGAAGAGCUGCUGCAAAGAGGAGCCUCCGUUGACUCAUCUACCAAGAAAGGAAACACUGCCCUCCAUAUUGCCUCACUGGCUGGACAAAAAGAAGUAGUCAGGCUGCUGGUGAACAGAGGGGCAGACGUCAAUUCUCAGUCACAGAAUGGAUUCACUCCACUCUACAUGGCGGCCCAGGAAAAUCAUUUGGAGGUGGUGCGGUACUUGCUGGAAAAUGAAGGAAACCAAAGCAUUGCGACAGAAGAUGGCUUUACCCCUCUUGCGAUCGCCCUCCAACAGGGCCACAACUCGGUGGUCUCGCUGCUUUUGGAGCACGACACCAAGGGUAAGGUUCGCCUGCCUGCCCUGCACAUAGCAGCCCGCAAAGAUGACACCAAGUCUGCUGCCCUCCUGCUCCAGAAUGACCACAACGCUGAUGUCCAGUCAAAGAUGAUGGUCAAUAGAACCACAGAGAAUGGGAAGAGCGGUUUCACUCCCCUGCACAUCGCCGCUCACUAUGGUAACGUGAACGUCUCCACUCUGCUGCUGAACAGAGGAGCUGCCGUUGACUUCACCGCCCGGAAUGAGAUAACGCCUCUUCACGUGGCCUCCAAGAGAGGAAACACCAACAUGGUGGCUUUGCUGUUGGAUCGAGGUGCUCAAAUAGAUGCUAAAACAAGGGAUGGUCUGACGCCGCUGCACUGUGCUGCCAGGAGUGGCCACGACCCGGCCCUGGAGCUUCUGCUGGAAAGAGGAGCCCCCAUUCUAGCUAGAACUAAGAACGGACUGUCCCCGCUGCACAUGUCAGCCCAGGGAGACCACAUAGAGUGCGUGAAACUCCUGCUACAGCACAAGGCGCCUGUCGACGACGUUACGCUUGACUACCUGACGGCGCUGCAUGUCGCAGCUCACUGUGGCCACUACAGAGUCACCAAGCUCCUCCUGGACAAGAAAGCCAAUCCUAACACCAGGGCACUGAAUGGAUUCACCCCUCUCCAUAUUGCUUGUAAGAAGAAUCGAGUCAAAGUGAUGGAGCUGCUCAUUAAAUACGGCGCUUCCAUCCAGGCCAUCACAGAGUCCGGUUUGACGCCCAUUCACGUAGCAGCUUUCAUGGGUCACCUCAACAUCGUUCUGCUCCUGCUGCAGAACGGAGCCUCUCCCGACGUCCGCAACAUUCGCGGGGAGACAGCGCUCCACAUGGCAGCACGGGCGGGUCAGAUGGAAGUGGUUCGCUGCUUGUUGAGAAACGGCGCUCUGGUGGAUGCGAUGGCCAGGGAGGACCAGACACCCCUCCACAUUGCUUCUCGUUUGGGCGAAACCGAUAUCGUCCAGCUGCUGCUGCAGCACAUGGCCCACCCGGACGCUGCCACCACCAACGGCUACACUCCUCUCCACAUUUCUGCCAGGGAGGGUCAGGUAGAGACGGCGGCUGUGCUGCUGGAGGCCGGGGCCUCGCAUUCACUGGCCACCAAGAAAGGAUUCACUCCCUUACACGUAGCAGCAAAAUAUGGGAGCCUUGAUGUAGCGAAGCUUCUUCUCCAACGCAAAGCCCUUCCUGACGAUGCUGGGAAGAAUGGCCUGACUCCAUUACAUGUAGCAGCUCAUUAUGACAACCAGGAGGUGGCUCUGCUGCUGUUGGAUAAGGGGGCAUCACCGCAUGCCACCGCAAAGAACGGCUACACGCCGCUUCACAUCGCAGCCAAAAAGAACCAGACCAACAUCGCGUUGGCACUGCUGCAGUACGGAGCUGAGACCAACGUUCUGACCAAGCACGGCGUCAGUCCCCUGCACCUGGCGGCCCAGGAGGGACACGCCGACAUGGUCGGCCUGCUGCUGCGCAAAGGAGCUCACGUCAACACAGCGACCAAGAGUGGACUCACUCCUUUGCAUCUCGCAGCCCAGGAGGACAGGGUGAAUGCAGCAGAAGUUCUGGCCAAACAUGAAGUGAACCUGGACCAGCAAACUAAACUCGGAUACACUCCUCUGAUAGUGGCGUGUCAUUAUGGGAAUGCCAAAAUGGUUAACUUCCUGCUACAGCAGGGCGCCAGCGUCAAUGCCAAAACCAAGAAUGGUUACACACCACUUCACCAGGCAGCACAACAAGGGAACACACACAUAAUCAAUGUUUUGCUGCAACAUGGGGCCAAACCCAACACAACCACAGUAAAUGGGAACACGGCUUUGUCCAUCGCUAAACGCCUGGGUUACAUCUCUGUGGUGGACACGCUGAAAGUUGUCACAGAAGAGAUCAUCACCACCACAACGACGGUGACAGAGAAACACAAACUCAACGUUCCAGAGACCAUGACGGAGAUCCUAGAUGUGUCAGAUGAGGAAGCUCUGAAGGUGGAAGAUGAACCAUUUUCUGAGACGAUUGUGGCACUGGAAGGUGAGGACACGAUGACAGGAGAUGGAGGAGAGUACCUGAGAGCAGAGGACAUCUGGAAACUGCAGGACGACUCUCUGCCAGACCAUUAUCUGGACAGCGACAUGAUCCACAACUGGGACAGGUCCCAGCACACUCCUAUUCACCAAAGCUUUCAUCAGAGAGAGGAAGUUCUCAUUGAAGAGAUAUUGACCAGCCACCAGAUGAUGUCAAGAGAUCACGAGAAGGAGGCUUUCCGUCUGAGCUGGGGUGCUGAACACCUCGAUAAUGUCAUUUUGCCCUCCAGUCUUCUGCAUUCUGGCCGUUCCUCUCCAUGCCUAGACCAUGACAACAGCAGCUUCCUCGUUAGCUUCAUGGUAGAUGCCAGAGGUGGAGCUAUGCGUGGUUGCCGUCACAACGGCCUACGGAUCAUUGUGCCACCAAGGAAGUGUUCGGCACCUACACGCGUGACAUGCAGGCUGGUUAAGAGACAUCGCUUGGCCUCGAUGCCCCCCAUGGUGGAGGGUGAGGGGCUGGCUGGUCGCAUCAUUGAAGUUGGACCGACCGGAGCUCAGUUCUUGGGUAAGCUCCACCUUCCCACCGCUCCGCCCCCUCUGAAUGAGGGCGAGAGCCUGGUCAGUCGCAUCCUUCAGCUGGGUCCUCCAGGAACAAAGUUCCUCGGGCCUGUGAUCGUGGAGAUUCCCCAUUUUGCCGCCCUACGGGGCACUGAGAGGGAACUUGUGAUCUUGCGGAGUGAAACCGGAGACAACUGGAAAGAACAUCACUGUGACUUCACGGAGGAGGAGCUGAACCAGAUCCUUAAUGGAAUGGAUGAAAAGCUUGAUUCCCCCGAAGAGCUUGAAAAGAAGAGAAUUUGUCGGAUCAUCACCAGAGACUUCCCACAGUAUUUCGCUGUGGUAUCAAGGAUAAAGCAGGACAGCCAUCUGAUUGGUCCAGAGGGUGGCGUGCUCAGCAGUACUCUUGUGCCCCAGGUCCAGGCUGUCUUCCCUGAAGGUGCCCUUACAAAGAAGAUCAGAGUCGGGCUACAGGCUCAGCCCAUUGAUGUGGAGCUGGUGAAAAAGAUUCUUGGCAACAAAGCCACUUUUAGCCCAAUUGUUACAUUAGAGCCGAGACGGCGGAAGUUCCAUAAACCGAUCACCAUGACAAUCCCAAUUCCCCAAAGCUCCAACACCGAUGGGCCUAAUGCAGUGUUCAGCGGGGAGACCCCCACUUUACGUUUGCUCUGCAGUAUAACAGGAGGGACCACACCUGCCCAAUGGGAGGACAUCACCGGCUCCACACCGCUCACCUUUGUUAACCAAUGUGUUUCCUUCACCACCAAUGUGUCAGCCAGGUUCUGGCUCAUAGACUGCAGGCAGGUCCAGGAGUCGGUUAAUUUCGGAACACAGCUGUACAGAGAAAUCAUCUGCGUACCCUACAUGGCUAAGUUCGUCAUCUUUGCCAAAACGCUCGACCCCAUCGAGGCACGGCUGCGGUGUUUCUGCAUGACAGAUGACAAGAUGGACAAAACCUUGGAACAGCAAGAGAACUUCACAGAAGUAGCGCGCAGCCGCGAUGUUGAGGUGCUGGAGGGAAAACCCAUAUAUGCAGACUGCUUCGGAAACCUUGUACCUCUUACUAAGAGUGGACAGCACCAUGUAUUCAGUUUCUUUGCCUUCAAGGAGAACAGACUGGCACUCUUUAUUAAAAUUCGAGAUACAGCCCAGGAACCCCGUGGUCGCUUGUCCUUCACCAAGGAACCUCGCACAUACCGAAGCCUCCAUCACAAUGCUAUCUGCAACCUUAACAUCACUCUUCCGACAUACUCAAAGGAGUCUGACUCAGAUCAAGAUGGGGAAGACGAGAGUGAGAAGAGUGAUAAGAAAUAUGAUGGAUCUGAGACCACUGAUACAUUCUCCCUGAUAACUAACCAGCCUCUUGAUCCUGCAACUCUUGCAAGUCCAGACAUUCUGUCAGACAUAUCGGACAUCAGAACAUCAGCAGCAUUUCCAACAGAUGUGUAUGAGGAGAGGGCUAGAGUUGUAGUGUUGGCUGAUAAAUAUUCCUUUACUGCAGUGGAACAAAUAGAAGAUAGGUUUGACAAGACUGGAGAGACUAAAAAAGAGAACCUUGUUCAUAGCAGUCCGUCAGCCAAAGAAAUGAUAGGCUUGGCCUCAAAUGUCAACACGGACAUGGGAGAAAAAUUCGAACAAAGACCUGCUAUUAGAUAUAGUUCACAACAAGAUUCCCAAGACAAAUCUGAACAAGCUACAAAGGAACAAACAGUUCCACAUAACAAGAGACAUCCUCCAAAUAUAGAAAAGCCUAAAAGGAAAAACCGUCAAAAAAGAGAGCUGUCUAGGUGUAGCAGCUCUGAGGGGGAGCUGGAAAGAGUGAGUUCUGAGGAAUCUUUGGAUGGUGAUGCCAUUCUUCAAGAGGGUGGCUUUCCAGUUAGCUCAGUUAUGGAGCCCCCAGUUUCUCCUUUAGUUAUCGAGACACCCAUAGGGUCCAUAAAAGACAAAGUUAAGGCAUUACAGACCAAAGUUGAACAGGAAGACAUGCAAAAAAUUAGUCAGGGCGUAACAUAUGAGGAAUCUUCAAUAACUCUAAAGAAGCAAGAGGAAAUCAUGCCAGAACUUCCUCGAGUACCCAAAUCUCCAAGAUCCCAGACAGAAAGAUUAGAGGAAACUAUGUCAGUGAGGGAGCUAAUGGAAGCUUUUCAAACUGGGCAGGACCCAUCAAAAUGCAAAUCUGGCCUUUUUGAGCAUAAGGCACCACUUUCUUCUCAUAGUGAAACAUUAAAAGACAAGCCUACAGACACCGAAGACAAAAGGGGGAUAGAGCAGAGUCCAACAUAUGAGAGCCCCAUCAUUAUCAACCAACCAGGGGAUGUGAAUAAAAUGGACAAGACAGACAUGACGGAUGAGCAAGUUAGCUCAAUCAGAAAUACUACUGAGAAAACACAGUUGACAUCCGAAAGGCCCUGUGGUAAGACAGUAAAAUUUGCUGACACAGUUCAGUAUGACAUUGGAAAUGAAGGCCCGGUGGCAGAAUUCAGAGAGAGUAAGCCGCUAGAAAAAGAGACACUUUCUGUGAAGGAACGGAUGAAACUAUUCCAAACUGCGCAGGAUUUCCCAGAAGCUUUUUCUGGACCGUCACAACAGAAAGUUUCUUCUGGUAAAACAUUUGCAUCUGAAUCUGAGUCACAGCACCAAGCUCAGAGCCUUGCAGUUCUUAGUCCACAGGCUGAUCCCAUCUUAUAUGACAGGAGAGAAGAUCAACCAGCAACUUUAACUGGACACAAAUCUGAGGAAUCAGGAGUAUCAGAUGGUUCUUCUUUUGGAAGGGCAGUUCCAUUUCCUAAUAUUGUACAAAGUGACCCAUUACAUGUUAGUGCCCCAGGUGAAGAGCAAGAUAAGCCCAUCACAUCUUCUGUCAAACAGCUAAUAAAAACAUUCCAGGACCCUUUGAAAACCAAAGUUGACAAACUUAAAUCAGUUAGCCCUCAACCCAUUCAAAGCAUUCAACCCAAUGAUUUAACAUCUCAACAAACACAAAAUUAUAUUCACAACUCUGCUUCAGUUGCCCAAACAAUAAGUAAAAAGAGAGAUUCUAAAAAUGAAUCUCAACAAAGUUCUGAUAUGACCUGUUUUAGAAAUACUGUUUUAGAGGAAAAAACUGAGAGGGUUACUUUUUAUGAUGAAAGGGUCAGCCUUAAGAACGAAGCAUUAGACUUCUCAGAGAAAAGCCAUGGAGAAAUGCAGUUAGAUGGAUCAUUCUUAAGCACUGCUAGGAGUUUAUCUGAAGAAGCUCAAAUCAGCCCAGAUCGCAGACCUUCUGAAGACUUCACUCCUGACAUAAAGGCUGAGCUGGAAGAAAGCCCGGAGUAUCAGCGGUUCAGACAGACUAGAACAGUUCCAGAUGUCAGUUAUCAACUUUUGGUCCUUGAAGAGAACCAAGAGUUACCUGGUGAUUCUGACACAAAUCGAAUGUCUCAAUACAGUCCUUAUUAUAGGGAAGACAUGAGCUCUGCUGUUCCCGAGACUUCCAAGUGUGCAAGCAUGCCAGAAUCCUCAGACAAGCAUGUUGAUUCAACAUCCAGCUCAAAGGAAGUGCAACAUUCUGACAACCACCAAAGAAGCAAUGAAAUGACCUUUAUGCUUUCAGUAAGUGAAGAUAAAAAAGAAGAUAUUAUUUUUGAAGCAGGUGAGGCAAAUACAGCAGCUGAUUAUGGAAGCAAAAUACGUAAUGGACAAAUUGACACUGAAACCAUAAUCAAAGAGCCAAGACUUCAAGAAAUCCAGACAGAUGAAAAAACAUCUCACCAGGCAUCUGCAGCAGAAAAGGAUGUCCAAGGAACAACGUUCUUAAUGGAAAAGGACUUGGACCAGUAUUCACCGACUAGGCCUUUUGAAAAAAUGAAAAUUGAUCAGCAUUGUCAAGAGACAGUUUUACUAAAGGAUAUUGAUAAUGAAACUGUUACAUCAAUGUCUACUGAAAAUAAAAUUCCUUUGAUGGAUGAAAGAACACAGGUUGUGACAGAGAAAAAUAUAGAUUUAGGGACAGAUGAAAAAAGAGAGAAUGCACUGAAAAAAGACAGAAGAUCUGAUACAUCAAAAUCUUUCCCAACAAGUGUUGACAACGGCACCUCAAACAAAGACAAUAUAACAUGCCAAAUAAAAGAGGAUCAUGGUAAUGAAGAAGGAGCAGAAACUUACCACUCACGAUUGAUAGAGAAAUACACAAGAGAGGAAGAAGGCAGUGACUUUAAAACCUUCAUGGAGGGACUCCCAGCGGAAGAAGAAUUGGGUGACAAGAGGACCUCAUUUGGUGCCUUUACUAAAACAACAUAUGUGCAAGGCAUGCUAUCAUCAAACAGUAACUCAGAUCAGAACCUCCAGGAUAUGCCAGUGGAUGCCAGGCUUAAAGAGGUGGACAUCACCCAUAAGAACUUUAAAAAAGCCAUGAACACCAGCAUGCAUAUUGGUGCUCAUGUUGAGAAUGAUCAAAGUGAAGAGAAACAGGAACUGACACAGCCUAGUAUAAGUACAGUCAGAGAAAUUGCAGAAUCAGAGGUGCCAUUCCAAGAAGUUUCAAUCAAGAGGAAGGUGCAUCAAUCUGUACCUGAGAAAGAUAUGUCAGGAAUGUUGUCACUGCUUGCCUAUGACCUUGAUCAAUGUCUCAAAGAAAAGCCAGUGACAAGACAAAGUCAUACUGAAGAAGAUCUAGUUAAUGAGAGCUGCAAAGAAAUCAAACUGGCAAGGGGCACCUCAGAGGAUGCUGUACAGAAACAGACAAAUGUGCAGACAGUCAUACUUGAAGUCAAACAACCAACAGAAUAUUUGGAUCCAGAAACUACAUUUGAACAAGUUUACAUCACAACUGUACAACAACCUAAAACUGAGAAGAAUAUGUCAGGCAUGUUGGCACUUCUCAGUUCUGAUCUAGAUGAAUAUGUUAAAGAAGAGUCAGUGACAAGAAAAGGCUAUUUGGAAGAUGAUGUUGUCCAUGAGAAUUGUAAAGAAAUAAAACUGUCUAGGAUUAAUUUAGAAGAAAGGGUGGAGGAAGAGGAAAAGUCACAUACUGCUUUAAUAGCAGCCAAAGAAGAAAGAACAAGUCCAGGUUUGGAGACUGUUUUCCAAAAAGUUCUUAUUGAGAGAACUAUAUAUCCAGAACAGUCAGUAACAGAGAAGAAUAUGUCUGGUAUGUUAUCACAUCUCAGCAGUGGCAUGCAGACUCAUGUAGUUGAAGUUAAAGAUCAACCACAAACCCAAGUUUUGGAGACUCAUCUUGAACAGGUUUAUGUUAUGAGAAAGGGGAGCCCACAAAAGCCAGUUACUAAGAAAGAGAUGUCAAGCAUAUUGUCACAUCUGAGUACUGACCUAGAUGAAUAUGUCACAGAAAUGCCAGUGACAGCAAAAAGUCAUUCUGAGGAAGAUCUGGUCAAUGAGAGCUGCAAAGAAAUAAAACAGGUAAGAGAUGGUUUAGAAGAUGAGUUGGGAGGAGAAGAAAACAUCCAGACUACCCCAGUUGUAGUCAAAGAACAAACAAAAUCUUCUGUUUUGGAGGCUGAAUUUGAACAAGUUCAUGUUGAAAGAAAAGGAAGCCAACAAAAGUAUAUGACUAAGAAAGAUAUGUCAAGUAUGUUGACACAUCUGAGUAGUGACGUGGAUGAAUGUGUCAAACAAAUGCCAAUGAUGAAGCAAAGCCCUCUGGAGGAGGAUCUGGUCCAUGAGAGCUGCAAAGAAAUAAAAGUGCCAAUUGAUCAUUCAGAAGACCAGAUAAGAGAAAAUAAAAACAUUCACACUGACCCAGUUGUAUUCAAAGAACAAACAAAAUCUUCUGUUUUGGAGACUGAAUUUGAGCAAGUUCAUAUUGAGAGAAAAGGAAGCCAACAAAAGUCCAUGAGUGAGAAGGAUAUGUCAAGCAUGUUGUCACAUCUGAGUAGUGACCUGGAUGAAUGUGUCAAACAAAUGCCAGUGACUAGCCAAAGCCAUCCUGAGGAAAAACUGGUCAAUGAGAGCUGCAAAGAAAUAAAAGUGCCAAUGGAUAAUUCAGAAGCCGAGAUUGGAGAAAAGGUAAACAUUCACACUGACCCAGUUGUAGUCGAACAACACACAGACUCUUCCGUUUUGGAGACUGAAUUUGAACAAGUUUAUUCUGAGAGAAAAGGAAGCCCACAAAAGUCCAUGACUGAGAAAGAUAUGUCAAGCAUGUUGUCACAUCUGAGUACUGACAUAGAUGAAUAUGUCAAACAAAUGCCAGUGACAAGACAAAGUUAUUCUGAGGAAGAUCUGGUCAAUGAGAGCUGCAAAGAAAUAAAACUGGUAAGAGAUGGUUUAGAAGACGAGUUGAGAGGAGAGGAAAAUAUUGACACCGACCCAGUUGUAGUCAAAGAACAAACAAAAUCUUCUGGUGUGGAGGCUGAAUUUGAACAAGUUCAUAUUGAGAGAAAAGGAAGCCAACAAGAGUCUAUGACUGAAAAAGAUAUGUCAAGCAUGUUGACACAUCUAAGUGGUGACCUGGAUGAAUGUGUCAAACAAAUGCCAGUGACUAGGCAUGGACACCCUGAGGAAGAUCUGAUCCAUGAGAGCUGCAAAGAAAUAAAAGUUCCAAUUGAUCAUUCUGAACACCAGAUCAGGGAAAAGGAAGACUUCCAGCCUGACCCGGUUGUAGUCAAAGAACAAACAAAAUCUUCUUUUGUGGAGGCUGAAUUUGAACAAGUUCAUAUUGAGAGAAAAGGAAGCCAACAAGAGUCUAUGACUGAAAAAGAUAUGUCGAGUAUGUUGACACAUCUUAGUAGUGACCUGGAUGAAUGUGUCAAACAAAUGCCAGUGACUAGGCAAAGCCACCCUGAGGAAAAUCUGGUCAAUGACAGUUGCAAAGAAAUAAAACUGGUAAGAGAUAGUUUAGAAGACCUGUUGGGGGAAGAGGAAGACUUUCAGACCAACCCAGUUGUUGUCGAGGAACAAACACAAUUUUCUGUUUUGGAGACUGAAUUUGAACAAGUUCAUAUUGAAAGAAAAGGAAGCCAACAAAAGUCCAUGACUGGAAAAGAUAUGUCAAGCAUGUUGACACAUCUAAGUAGUGACCUGGAUGAAUAUGUCACACCAAUGCCAGUGACUAGGCAAGGCCACCCGGAGGAAGAUCUGUUCCAUGAGAGCUGCACAGAAAUAAAAGUGCCAAUUGAUAAUUCAGAAGACCAGAUCAGGGAAAAGGAAGACUUCCAGCCUGACCCGGUUGUAGUCAAAGAACAAACAAAAUCUUCUGUUGUGGAGGCUGAAUUUGAACAAGUUCAUAUUGAAAGAAAAGGAAGCCAACAAAAGUCCAUGACUGGAAAAGAUAUGUCAAGCAUGUUGACACAUCUAAGUAGUGACCUGGAUGAAUAUGUCACACCAAUGCCAGUGACUAGGCAAGGCCACCCGGAGGAAGAUCUGUUCCAUGAGAGCUGCACAGAAAUAAAAUUGCCAAUUGAUAAUUCAGAAGACCAGAUCAGGGAAAAGGAAGACUUCCAGCUUGACCCGGUUGUAGUCAAAGAACAAACAAAAUCUUCUGUUGUGGAGGCUGAAUUUGAACAAGUUCAUAUUGAAAGAAAAGGAAGCCAGCAAAAGUACAUGACUGGAAAAGAUAUGUCAGGUAUGUUGACACAUCUAAGUAGUGACCUGGAUGAAUAUGUCAAACAAAUGCCAGUGACUAGGCAAAGCCAAUCUGAGGAAGAUCUGGUCAAUGAGAGCUGCAAUGAAAUAAAAGUGGUAAGAGAUAGUUUAGAAGAUGAGUUAGGGGGAGAGGAAAAUAUUCACACCGACCCAGUUGUAGUCAAAGAACAAACAAAAUCUUCAGUUGUGGAGGCUGAAUUUGAACAAGUUCAUAUUGAAAGAAAAGGAAGCCAACAAAAGUCCAUGACUGAAAAAGAUAUGUCAAGUAUGUUGACACAUCUAAGUGGUGACCUGGAUGAAUAUGUCAAACAAAUGCCAGUGACUAAGGCAAUGGACAAUCCUGAGGAAGAUCUGGUCAAUGAGAGCUGCAAUGAAAUAAAAGUGGUAAGAGAUAGUUUAGAAGAUGAGUUCGGGAGAGAGGAAAAUAUUCACACUGCCCCAGUUGUAGUCAAAGAAAAAACAAAAUCUUCUGUUGUAGAGGCUGAAUUUGAACAAGUUCAUAUUGAAAGAAAAGGAAGCCAACAAAAGUCCAUGACUGAAAAAGAUAUGUCAAGUAUGUUGACACAUCUAAGUAGUGACCUGGAUGAAUGUGUCAAACAAAUGCCAGUGACUAGGCAAAGCCACCCUGAGGAAGAUCUGGUCAAUGAGAGCUGCAAUGAAAUAAAAGUGGUAAGAGAUAGUUUAGAAGACGAGUUGGGGAGAGAGGAAAAUAUUCACACGGACUCAGUUGUAGUCAAAGAACAAACAAAAUCUUCUGUUGUGGAGGCUGAAUUUGAACAAGUUCAUAUUGAAAGAAAAGGAAGCCAACAAAAGUCCAUGACUGAAAAAGAUAUGUCAAGUAUGUUGACACAUCUAAGUGGUGACCUGGAUGAAUAUGUCAAACAAAUGCCAGUGACUAGGCAAAGCCAAUCUGAGGAAGAUCUGGUCAAUGAGAGCUGCAAUGAAAUAAAAGUGGUAAGAGAUAGUUUAGAAGAGGAGUUAGGGGGAGAGGAAAAUAUUCACACCGACCCAGUUGUAGUCAAAGAACAAACAAAAUCUUCAGUUGUGGAGGAUGAAUUUGAACAAGUUCAUAUUGAAAGAAAAGGAAGCCAACAAAAGUCCAUGACUGAAAAAGAUAUGUCAAGUAUGUUGACACAUUUAAGUGGUGACCUGGACGAAUAUGUCAAACAAAUGCCAGUGACUAGGCAUGGACACCCUGAGGAAGAUCUGGUCAAUGAGAGCUGCAAUGAAAUAAAAGUGGUAAGAGAUAGUUUAGAAGACGAGUUGGGGAGAGAGGAAAAUAUUCACACUGACCCAGUUGUAGUAAAAGAAAAACCAAAAUCUUCUGUUGUGGAGGCUGAAUUUGAACAAGUUCAUAUUGAAAGAAAAGGAAGCCAACAAAUGUCCAUGACUGAAAAAGAUAUGUCAAGUAUGUUGACACAUCUAAGUAGUGACCUGGACGAAUAUGCCAAACAAAUGCCAGUGACUAGGCAAAGCCAUCCUGAGGAAGAUCUGGUCUAUGAGAGCUGCAAAGAAAUAAAAGUUCCAAUUGAUAAUUCAGAAGACCAGAUCAGGGAAAAGGAAGACUUUCACCCUAACCCGGUUGUAGUCAAAGAACAAACAAAAUCUUCUGUUGUGGAGGCUGAAUUUGAACAAGUUCAUAUUGAAAGAAAAGGAAGCCAACAAAUGUCCAUGACUGAAAAAGAUAUGGCAAGUAUGUUGACACAUCUAAGUAGUGACCUGGACGAAUAUGCCAAACAAAUGCCAGUGACUAGGCAAAGCCAUCCUGAGGAAGAUCUGGUCCAUGAGAGCUGCAAAGAAAUAAAAGUUCCAAUUGAUAAUUCAGAAGACCAGAUCAGGGAAAAGGAAGACUUUCACCCUAACCCGGUUGUAGUCAAAGAACAAACAAAAUCUUCUGUUGUGGAGGCUGAAUUUGAACAAGUUCAUAUUGAGAGAAGAGGAAGCCAACAAGAGUCUAUGACUGAAAAAGAUAUGUCAAGUAUGUUGACACAUCUAAGUAGUGACCUGGAUGAAUUUGUCAAACAAAUGCCAGUGACUAGGCAAAGCCACCCUGAGGAAGAUCUGGUCAAUGAGACUUGCAAUGAAAUAAAAGUGGUAAGAGAUAGUUUAGAAGACGAGUUGGGGAGAGAGGAAAAUAUUCACACGGACCCAGUUGUAGUCAAAGAACAAACAAAAUCUUCUGUUGUGGAGACUGAAUUUGAACAAGUUCAUAUUGAAAGAAUAGGAAGCCAACAAAAGUCCAUGACUGAAAAAGAUAUGUCAAGUAUGUUGACACAUCUAAGUAGUGACCUGGAUGAAUAUGUCAAACAAAUGCCAGUGACUAGGCAUGGACACCCUGAGGAAGAUCUGGUCAAUGAGAGCUGCACAGAAAUAAAAGUGCCAAUUGAUCAUUCAAAAGGCCAGAUCAGGGAAAAGGAAGAUUUCCAGCCUGACUCGGUUGUAGUCAAAGGACAAACAAAAUCUUCUGUUGUGGAGGCUGAAUUUGAAAAAGUUCAUAUUGAGAGAAAAGGAAGCCAACAAGAGUCUAUGACUGAAAAAGAUAUGUCAAGCAUGUUGUCACAUCUGAGUAGUGACCUGGAUGAAUAUGUUAAACAAAUGCCAGUGACUAGGCAAAGCCAUCCUGAGGAAGAUCUGGUCCAUGAGAGCUGCAAAGAAAUAAAAGUGCCAAUUGAUAAUUCAGAAGACCAGAACAGGGAAAAGGAAGACUUUCAAACCAACCCAGUUGUUGUCAAAGAACAAAGCACACUUUCAUUAGCUUCCACCAAUGAAAGUGGAAGCUAUACAUGCCAUGAGGAAAACACUUACAGGAGAGACUCAUUGGAGGAAGCUGAAGCAAACCUCUCACAAAGAGCUUCACUGGAUUCUGUUGACUCUCUGGAUGGGAUCACAGACAUUGCAAAACCAUAUCCAAAAUAUGCUGAUGGUAAAACUGAUCUUGAAAAUACAAGUGCAGCUGCUUCUCCUUCAAAUCUCAAUGGACAGGGUUGUUUUCAGUUUUCAACUACUUCUUACACACUACAACGUCCAUCUGAUUUAGAGAGCCUUCAGUCUCAGGAGUUUGAUGAAUCAGAUCAAGAGCCACACCGUCAGGAUUCAUUAGAGUCCAGCCCUCUUAUGGAAGGCAGCUCUUCAAAGAAGUCUCCUGAUUCCAUUGAGCCAAGCCCUACUAACGAAUCUCCAUGUCAAGACUCUCUUGAAGGAAGUCCUACUCAACCAAAGGAGCAACAGUUUCAGAUGCCAGUUCAGACAGCUGUGUAUGAAGAUUAUGCUUCCCAGCUCAAAGCAUGUUUCGCUUCUGACAAAGGUAUUCAUGCAGAUGAGUCCAGCAAGAAUACACAAGAUAACAUAACUGUAAUCCCACAAGUGGAAAGUAAAAUGAUGGAUGAUGAGUAUACCAACACUACACAGAAAAUAACUGGAGUUGGUAUGCUUUCAGAUGAAGGUGUUCACUCUCUCAUCAGACAAGACUCUCUUGAAAGUAAGGACAGUGAGAGUGAUACCACCUAUAAACAAUACACUCCAGAGGAAGAAAUGUUUAAAAUAGCUGUAAAGAUCAAAACAUUUGAUGAAAUGGAACAGGAAUCCAAAACGAAGACAGACAAAUUGUUAGAUGCCCCUUCACUGUCUGAGAAAGAUUAUUAUGAUGAAAGUGACAUAGAUUUAAAUAUUCACCCAGCAAUACAGCUCUCCUCAAAAGAUGUGCUACACAACCGCUAUGAUAAAUAUGUAACAGAAAGCAGCUCUCCUCAACCAGUUGAUGAUUCAUUAUGUGUAACUGCAAGUCAGAAAGAGGUAUCUGAGAGAAGUGUGACUAUGCCCAUAGUAGCGGAUAUAUACAAAGAUGUGACAGAAGGUGGGAGUUCCCCAGUAACAGAGGCACAUUUUUCCCACUCUGUGACAAACGAACAUUCCUUACAUGGUAACAUAGCAAUUGAGUCACCACUGACAUAUGAUUCAGAGUUUGUCAAUAAAUCCCAGGAAAACAAAACUACUACAGGAGUAGAAGAUGUCACAUUGGGUCAUAGUUAUAAUAAUGUAGGCCUACAGGAAAAUACUGAGGCUGAGGAACACAUGUCACUUGGUGCAGUAGAGGACAGAAAAACACCUAAAGAAACAUCUGCUCAGACACCAGGUGGGGAGAAAAGCCCCAGUCCUUUUCAGUUUCAGGAAGGGAAGCUAUUUGAAAUGACUCGAGGUGGAGCCAUUGACAUGACAAGAAGAACCUUUGAUGAAGAGGAAGGAUACUCAUUCUUUCAUAUCACUGAACAUCCAGUUGAGGAAGUUGUUUUGGAGGCAACUAUUUCAGACACAAUGCUUCAAGGGACCCAAAAACAAGAGUUGACUCAGGAUCUCUAUGAUGCAAGUUCUAGUCCUAAAUCCAAAACUGUCCCCAAACCAUCUCUCGAGAAGUCAGAGCUUGAGAAAUUGCUUCAAAAUGUUGAUCUCUGCAGCCUUACUGACAUCAAGCCUGCUUCUCUAGUUGCUUCUGAAACUCAUACAGAUAAUUCAACACAGGCUGAAAGUCUUAAAAGCCUUGGGCUACAUUAUCUAGACACCACAAUAGCUGACCUUCAGUCUGACCCAUCAGAUGGUGGUCAUUUGGUGGAUGAUGGUUCAGACACCUCAUCAUCUGAUGAUGAUGAGUUUGACGAAGAUGAAGACCAGUGCUCAGUCAUAGAAAUGAAAUAUCAUCAAGGUUCACCUUCAUCCCCGGAAAUCAAAGACUCUGCCAAAGUUAGAGAGGGAAUAUCAAUGAGAGAACCACAGAUUUCAGACAUUGGUCAAGUUGAUCAAAAAGUAGAAGAAACACCAAUUUCAAAUCGUAGAACUAGAUCCGAGGAUGACACAACUAAGGCCUUUAUUAAAGAAGGUAGGAGUUAUUCUGAUAGCAGGCAACCCUGUAACAUAUUAAAUAUUACCCCCUCUAAACCUGCCAUUAGCCAUGAGAAAGCUUUAGCUGACAAGAUUUCAUCAAGUUCUCCAACAAAUGAAACAUCUGUGAGGUCUUCUUUGGAGACUGAUGACAUGAGUAGCGCUAGUCACAUGAGUUCAGAUUCUGUUAUAUUCACAUACGACAUCCCAGUCUCCCACAGUUCAGAUUCUGAUGGCAGUCAGUUGCCAGUUGUGUAUCCGUCUUGCGGAGCAGAGGAUGUGUUUGAGUCCAGGCCUUCCUGGGAUGACACAGUGGAAACUCAGAUGCAGAGAAUCGGUGAUGAUCAAACUCCAGAAUAUGCAUCAGCUGACUGGCAGAAUGAUGCUGACAGGAAAGAAGAGACAUUAGCAAUCAUUGCAGAUCUUCUUGGUUUCAGCUGGACUGAGCUGGCAAGGGAGCUAGAAUUCAACGAGGAUGAUAUACAGCAAGUAAGAUUAGACAAUCCUAAUUCCCUGCAAGAGCAGAGCCAUGCCUUGCUACAACGAUGGGUUGAGCGGGAAGGCAAACAUGCCACAGAGGACUGCCUGAUAAGAAAGCUAACGAAGAUCAACCGAAUGGACAUAGUUCAUCUUAUUGAAACCCAGAUGAACAAGUCAGUUCAAGAGCAAACAUCAAGGACUUAUGCAGAGAUAGAAAAGACUCUUGAUCACAGCGAAGUUUCAGUAGCCUUAUCUUCAGUGCAAGAAGAUACAGACAGCCCUAGAAUUGUGAGGAGGGUGGAGUCAGACCGCAGACCACCCCCAGCAGUUUCUGAAGAAGACCUCUCCGUUGCCUCCUUACUGGAUAUCCCUUCGUGGGCAGAACCUGCUGGACAAACCCACUCAGAGAGCAUACAUGGAGACUUAUUGGAGGAUCUUGAAAUCCCACAUGAACUGAACCCUAAUCUGUGGACCUCAGAAGAUGUGGUUACACAAGACUCUGCUAGUCACGGCAAAUCAGAGGAGCAAAUGCCAUCUUCAACUUUCAAGACCGAUAUUUCUCAGUCCUCAAAACAGAGCAAUGUUGAUAUGGGACAAAUUCAGGGCUUUCAAGCCGAGACACUAUUGCUGACACAUGAUUCACACACAGCAAAAACAAAAUCCCCUGUUGCACCUAGGUCGGAUCUAAUUAACACUAAAUAUGACAUCACACUGACCAGCCUUCCACACGCAAAACAUGAAUAUAGUGAAUCAGGCUCUGCGAUUCCAGAAACACAAGACAACUGUGAUGUUCAUACCGGCAAGUCCUCAAACUCCCCACCAACACCACAGGAAUCUGGAACUCCACAGCUGGAUCAGCUUCUUUCCGAUUUGAAGGAAAUCAAACUCAAGUUCUUACCAGAAACACUUGAUUCACAUGCAUCAGAGUCCUCUGAUGACAGCCCAGAGGAGGUGGAAGCCUACACAUAUGAAGAACUUUCCCCCGAAGAGGAAUCCCCGACUGAUAAGAGCAAUGAAGUCAGUGAGUCUACUGUUGCACAGUUUACAGAAGGUAGCACAAAUGUAGGACACUGUCUUGAUACAAAAAGAGUUUCUGAGUCAAACCUUGACAUUUAUCAAGAAUCUAAUUUGUCACCAACUGAUGCUCCUUCAAUCCCUAUCCAUCCACAAAUAUUUUGUGAGGAAAUUGAACUACCGCUAAAUUGUGGUCAAUAUCUGUCCUGCAGAGGUGUUGGGAGUGUUACUGAAACAUUGCCUUCACUGGCUGACACACCUAAAUCCAAUCUGACAGAUUUUAACAGCGAAAACCUGACUGUUACCGCUUAUUCAAGUCACGUAGGACAAUGUCUACCUACACAACCUUUAGAGUCAAGGGCUACGACAGAAGAGGCUUCUGCCCAUGCUAACCCAGAUCAGCAUUUAUGGGAUCCAACCUCAACUGGAACCAUAUCCUCCCAGUUACCGUCUGAUUUUACUUCUGAUACGGUUACCCCUGCGAGACAUUUCAGCCUUGAUGAACUGAUACCUUACCCAUCCUCCAGGAGCGUAGAAAUGCCUUCUGAUGAGGAUAGACCAACGAUCUGUACACAGCACUCUGAAGAAACCAUGGCUCUAGUUGACUAUGAAUGUUUUACCACUGAAACUCCUUCAUUCCAACUCAAUACUGAGAUCUCUUCAUCGGCUUCUGACGAGGAGUACACCAUCCCGCAAGGAGGUGAAGAGACUUCCUCUGAUUCAGUGACCUAUACCUGCACACCUCCCGUAAUUUCCGAUGGAGCACAUUGCAGGGAGGCCAGCGCAGACUUGGAUUACUCUAGCAUGGAGCCCUACUUUGACUGCAAACAAGUAGUAUCGGAUUUCUCAGAGACUGAACCGGACGUCCCUGAGGCGACUGGCAGUGCAGGUCUGUCUCAGCAUCAGCUCAGAAAUGUUGGAGCACAGGAAAAGGCAAAGCAAAAGGUGCUCCUGUCUUCUGGAAGUGAAGAUUAUGAAGACGCUCCUUUGGUUCACGAGGAUUGCCAUCAGGAACGUGGGGAGAGCAAAGAAUCGCUGUGUCAGUCAGAGACAUCAGAUGAAGAAUUCGCACUGUGCAAAACUUCACAGCCUUCUGGAUCUUACUAUACUGAUAAGUCUCUGCCCAGGGAGGUCUCUGCAGAGUUUGGAUCAAUGUCAGAGAGUUCAGAUGAGGAGUUUUUGACCACCAGAAUAAUACGAAGGAGGGUUUUUAUUAAGGUUGAUAAGUUGGCUGACAUCCCUACUCAGUCAGUGACCGAAGAAAAGUACCGGGAUGAAAAUGGCCAUCUAGUUGUCAAACGGGUUACACGAAAAGUAAUCCGCAAAUGUGUUUCCGCUGAUGGUGUGGAGCGUGAAGAGAUACCGUCAGAGGGAGCUCCUGAGGAGUCCUUCACUGUAGCAGAUGGAGAUGGUCACUCCAAGGCGGUAAAGCGGACUUCAAUAAAAAGUGUUGGCGACCAUACAGAGGUCAAAUUUCUACAAAGUGAAGGCUUGCCCUCAUCAAGGCCUGAAAGAGCUGGUUCAGAAAAGAAAACUGCAGCUGAGGAUGAAAGGACAAGAACUUCCCAAGGGGAUCAGUCUUUGGCCUCAGACCUCCCAUCAACCCUAAACGAUUUCAAACAGGACCCACAUGCGUAAAGGUUCCUCCCAAAGAUGAACAGUGGUAGAAGGAUCCGGGCAGCAUGAAGAAGUACUUAUCGACCAAUCAGAGGAACCUGGAAAAGCAUCAGUCGCCUGUGAUCUCUAGUAGCAACUCUACCAGCUCUUUCACCGCUGCCAUGGAAACGAGGACAACGGAAAAGACAAAACAGAGGUGGAAGAGCAACUGAAAGACUGACUCUCUCCCCCAGGUCCCCAGCUCUGUCCAGAGUCCCUGCUAACCCUAUGCAUUAGCCACAUGCAAUCCCAGAGUGCACCUCAGAGACACCACGGUCUUCCCAUGUCAGUCCUGGAAGAUGAACAUUUGUUUGCAAAGAGGUUUUUUUUUUCUGGCUCAUGUUAUCGAAUCACGUUUGGGUUUAUUUUUUGUUGUUGUUUUGCCUUUUUAUGACCAAAGAAAGCCUUGUUUUGUUUUCGCUGUUGAUUUACGCUGAAUGUCCAAGCUGUUGCCGUUUUGCUUUGCAACUAGAAAAACGAACAAAAAAAUAGAAAACCCAGAGGAACACUGUCCAAGGUAAAGAACAAUUUCUGUAAAUCAUAAAAAUACUGCUACUGCUGCCUGCGUAGGGGUUCAGAAUGAAAAAAAGCAAAACAAAAAUCACUUCCACUACUCUGGCUCUAAAAUGCUGCUUUCACCAACAAUUAAAUUUGUUUUCUUUUUUUCUUGAAUCAGGUGGUCAGGAUGUGACAAACAGAAAAACGGACUGUGCUGACACAAAAUGUAAUUGCUGCUGUCGUGUUUCGUGUAAACUAUGUGUACUUUUGUCUUUAGUAGUCAGAAAUAUAUAUUAUCUAUGAUAUGAAAAUAGCUGACAGCUGUAGCCUAGGAAUUAAUACUCACUCACUCUCACGUGAAGUAAAAUCGGCAUGGCUAAUCAACACGUGUCAGUUAGAUCCCAGCUUCGCUGCGUCGCCGCUCCGUGGAAUGUCUUUCAGACUUCCUUUCUCCUCCGUGUGCGUCAUUUUGUGUGUAACUAUAUUUGUUCCUCGGCUUUCUCUUUUGAACUGUAAAUCUUUACUCAUGACGUGUGGAUGGAAGAACGCGUGCCGAUCAAGCCGCAGCUACGAUGGCUGGUUUCACUGGAGGACUGCAAGCAUCGCAGUUUCAGAAUGUCUGUAUUUAAAUGUCAGGUAUCCAUCAGGAAAAGAAAUAAAACCGGAAACAUUUCUGUGGAGUCUAGCCCGGCAUUUGCGGAUAUAUUUCAUGUAAACGCUUUGUUAGUUCACCCUUUCAUUGAGAAAGUGCUUACUGAUAUGUGCGUGAGUGAAUGAGUGUGCGCUGGCUUAUUUUACACAGAUCACUUUUGCACUCCUGAAUGUCGUACCCGCGACAUGUAUAUCCCUCCCACUGUUUACGUUGUGAUUUUAGGGAAAACAUGCAAAUUAGUGGAAGGCUCACUGUGACAGGUUUGCUUUUAAUUUACUGAAACAGCAUCUCCUUUUUUUUGUGAUGACAGUUAUGUGCAUAUACAGCUCAUAAUUAUAGAAAUAUAUACAAGGGCAUGUAUUAUUGUAUUAAAUUUCAAAAAGACUAAAACUAAAUGGCUGCAGUGUAUCUAUGGCUGGUAGAGAAUAAAAACCUACAAACAUA